CUAAACCCACAACAGUAAAAUCAGUCUGUAUAUGCAGUAAAGCAUGCUUGUUUCAGUGUGGAACCUAAGGGGUUACUUCUCUGCAUUGUAUAAAAAAGGCUGUUUGAUCCUGUCUUCUCUGUCCCAAUCUAUCUACCAUAGUACAGAGCAGCAGUAGCAAGUCUGCACAUGCUCAAUUUAGUAUGUAUGGCUAGAAAGUUUUUUUUUUCUUUGGGGAGGGGGGGGCAUGUGAUCAGCACAGCACAGGGCCAAUCAGCACUGUCCAAACAGAAGGUCAGGGGUUACGCAGCCUCAUAGGACAGU